UUAAAAUCGGUCAGCAACAUUUAUUUAAUUUAAUUAAGUUUAAAGUGAUAACAAUGGAUGUUAAUGACGUGAAUGAAUUAACUGUAACCCGUGAGUUUGAAUGGAAUGUAGAAAGGAUAAACUUUUAUCUUGUAUCAGAAGUUUUUGAGAUUUUCAUGGAAAACAACUCAACAAAAUGGCAAGUCAUUUUAUACCGUGAAGCUCUUAAAGUCUUUGCACUGCUCAAAAAGGUCGAAUCAACAACAAAUGACUUCGUCGUGGAUCUCUCUAUUAAUUCGACAAAUCAAAAGGAUAAAGCAGUCAUUUUGCGAUUUGAUGCUAAUUAUUUCUAUGAGACUUGGUCCUUUAUCCAUACUAUAGAUUGUUACCUCUCCAUUACUGAAGCUUAUAACAAAGUUAAUCUUCCUAAAGAUACAUUCACUCUGCAAAUUAAGAUCACAUUAACUCCAAAAACACCAGAAAGUGCUGAAAAAUGUGGAUCAAAUUGCAUGAUAAAAAAUUACGGCUCGUUCUUAGAUUCAGAAAAGCUCAGCGACUUUAAAUUCGUCUGUUCUGAUAACGUAGAAAUUUCAGCACAUCGCUUUGUUUUAUUAGCUAAUGCACCUAUUAUGUACAAAAUGCUUCCUAAAUCCGAUCCUCAAAACCGCAAAAAAGUUGAUGAAGAUGGAGAAACAAUAAUGCAAGUUCUUCGGUUCCUUUACACUGGAAAACUUGAUAAUAUAUUAAACAUGGAAUUAAAGCUGAUUAAAUGUGCUGAUAAGUAUGAACUAGAGAAACUAAAGGCAUUUGUCGCACAGUUAAUGAUUAAGAAUAUAACCAUUGACAAUGUCCUGGACUAUUUUGAGUUGGCUGAUGAAUAUGAUGAAGAUGAAUUGCUGGAAAAAUGUAUAUUCUUCAUCCACAAGAACUAUCAAACAUUGCAGCAACAUGACGACUGGGAAGAAUUUGAUUCAAAAAUGAAGGCUUUGAUGAAAAUUUCAUAUUUACGAAAUGGAUAUAAAAAUCCAGUUUACGUUCUGAAAUCGUGGAUGGCUUGCUUACCGAUGAAACUGCCAAGUCAAUAUAAACCAUUUCAAUGAAUAUUAUAAUUUGUAUUGAUAAAGUCACCAAAAAAAAUAAAGUAUUAAAGUACGGUUGGAUUAUAUCCGUACCCAUCCAGUCAAUUCAGAAUGACUUUACUCUUUUUUUAUAACACCAUGAAGAAGCAUGAAAUCCUUAUUUUCUAAGGUAUUUAGCAUGCUUAUUUUCACCAAUAUUGGAAGUUCCAUACAUGUCUGUCAGUAAUAAAGUGAAUCAAAUUUUCCAUAA